AUGGCGCCGCCUGGUGUGGUACGUAUGUUUCCUUGCCGCCCUUGCAUUGAAACCCUUACAGCCGGGCGCAUGCCGGUGCAGAUCGACUGACGUUUUGCAGGCGGAGCCAAUCCUACGCAUGCGCGCUAGAAAAUCCGCACCUCCCCAGGGACGCCCCAUCAUUCGCCACGAUCCGCAACCAGAGCCGCGCAUGCGCGCCAGAAAGACCGCACCUCCCCAGGGACGCCCCAUCAUCCGCCCCGAUCCGCAACCAGAGCCGCGCAUGCGUGCCAGAAAGACCGCACCCUCGCAGGGACGCCCUAUAAUCCAUCUCGAUCCAGAAUCAGACGCCGAAGGGAAGGCCGCGCAGGGGCCAUACAAGCGCACCACAAAGUCCACGCCCCCGACUUCGCGCACUGCCUCUGGUGAUGUUCCAGAUACAGAGUAUCCUGCCGAAAUCAUCCGCGAGAUGCCGCGCGAGUACCGUGUCCGCUGGCUGACGCCGGCCGAGGACGACUCAUCAAAGCUGAAGUGGCCAGAGCCGACUUGGGUGCACAAGAGCAACGUGAGCGCGGGGGCCGUCGCCACCUGGCGGAGGCGUCAGAAGGCCGCUGUUCGCGCGGCUAAGAAAGUGCGUGAGAAUCAGAUGUUGGAAGAUCAACAGCAAGCCGGCACUCGGCGGAGUGUUCGUCUGCAGCAGGCGUCGAAGAAGUCCGGAUCUGCACUCGACAAGAGCAGCAAUGGCGAUGCUGAGAAGGACACACACGCCGCUCAGGACGAGAUGGAGGUGGACGGCGAGGAGGAUGACGGUUUCUGA